AUGACUAGCAUGCUAGGCAGUGAAAUGUACAGUCCAAGUCCAUCUCGUAGACCGAGCUGGGAUGAAACGGAUGUUUUGCGGUUCUUAAACGCCCUCGAAACACCUGAAAAAGUGAUCAAUUGGAUACCACAAGCGGGUACUUCGUUCGAAGCACUCAGUAAACCACCAUUUUACCUCAGCAAACACGCAGCCUUGCGACCACUUCCCUCGUUACAAUCGCCAGAUUCAUCACGACCCGACAAAAAUGUCGCCAAGGCUGAAGCAACAGCAGCCAAUUCCACCACAGAUGCUCUCCCUGAUGACAAGGCUUUUGGUUUGACAACCUUUGUCGAGGGCGUGAACCCGGUAGUUGAUAUCAUUGCCAUCCAUGGUCUCAAUGGCCACCGAGAGAAGGCCUGGACAGCGAAGAACAAUGUCAACUGGCUACGUGAUCCAAACAUGCUGCCGGCCGCAAUCCCAAAUGCGAGGAUAAUGAGCUGGGGCUACGAUGCCAACACACAUAGUACGAAUAAAUUAUCAGCGAUGUACCUCUACGAUCAUGCGAACGAUCUGGUUUCUGAUCUCAGCCGCCAUAGGCGCCUCGACAAAGCACUUAUUCAUUCCGACUCGGCACGAUCCGGCCAUCUUCAUCAUCACAGGUCGAUAAAAACCUCUACAUACGGCAUCAUGUUUAUGGGAACUCCUCAUCAAGGUGAAAGCGUGGCGUUGGGCAAAAUACUGGUUGGGAUUGCGUCGAUAUUUGUCAACACGAAUGAUCGCCUUUUGAAUACCCUCGCGAAAGAUUCGGAAGCUCUCCAGCAGCAGUUGGGUCAAUACACCCCGAUAAAUGGUGACUUUGAGACCAAGUUCGCCUUCGAGACUAAAGCCACGCCCCUGUUCCUUGGGAGCUCGACCAUUGUCGUUCCAAAGGCCUGUGCUGUUGUCCCAGGUCAGGUUAAUGCUGAAGCAAUUGCUAUUAUGGGUAACCACAUUGACAUGGUCAAGUUCUCCUCGAAGAACGAGGAAUUUGAGACAGUUGCUGGCCAUCUCAAGCUUAUGGCUGAGGAAGCCCCGGCAAAGAUACAAGCAAAUUGGUUAACUGAGAGCGACGUGGCAGCUGCCCGCGAUAAGAAGCAGAAGUCAAAUUUCGACGUUGCUUUUGACUUGACAAAGAUUCCGAAAACAAGCGCUUUCAUUGGACGCAAAUCAGACCUAAACCUGAUAAAAAAGCACUUGAUGCCAGGUGAAACAUCAGACCGCCGAAAUAUCUGCGUCCUCCAUGGCUUAGGCGGUAUAGGCAAAACGCAGCUGGCUAUCGAAUACGCGAGAUUGCAGAAGGCUCUAUACACCUCCUUCUUCUGGCUCGAUGGGAAUACGGAGGACUCUUUAAUUCAGAGCCUUUUGAUAAUAAUGCGACGCCUUCCGAAGGGCCAGAUACGGGACGUUAAGAUUGAAGAUAUUAAAGGAUCGGAUGAAUCGAAAAUGAUAGCACAGGAGGUGCUGGAGUGGUUUGCUCUUGAUGGAAAUAACGGAUGGCUUCUAAUUUUUGAUAAUAUCGAUAAAACGUCUUACGAAGAAGAAUCUUCUAGCCACGAUUCCAACUCUUCAUCCUACGACAUCACGCAGUAUUUCCCACCCGGCGACACUGGUUCCAUCAUCGUCACUACACGCCUUCAACGACUUGCAUCCCUUGGAGAAAGUAUCCAUUUAUGUAAGCUUAAUACUUUGGAUAGUCUUUUCAUCCUUGAGAAGAAUGCAAGGCGGGCUUUGAAGCGGUCCCCGUCAGCAGACGGAUCCGAAAUUGGCCACUGGGAUCCAGAUGCAGUCUCACUCGUCGAACGUCUUGGAUACCUUCCUCUCGCAUUAGUAUUUGCAGGCUCCUACAUCUCCAAAGUGGAUAUUCCCAAGUAUGUUAAAUUAUACGACAAGUCAUGGGCACAGCUCCACAGUAAGAUGAUCCGUAGUGAUUAUCCGGAACGAACUAUCAUCACAACUUGGCAGAUAUCGUUCGACGAGAUACAAGUCAGGAAUAAAGAGGCUGCAAAACUGCUCCAACUCUGGGGUUACCUCGACCGUCAAGAACUUUGGUUCGAACUCGUACAGUGGCGAGAUUUUGAGAGUGGAGCGCCUGACUGGCUUCAAAAGAUUACGGUUAGCGAGGUCAGCUUUUUCGCAAUGAUCGAUGCGCUUUUGGAUUACUCGCUUAUUGAGCGUAAUGAUAAUUGCAAUACCUUUUCAGUACAUGCGGUAGUCCACGAUUGGAUCCAAGCAUCAGUCAACCGAAAGGCAGAUAAAGAGCUAUUGCACACAGCAGUAACCACGAUUGGACUAGCAGCUCGAGUUGUGAACAUGAGAGAUUCUGCAGCUCUCCAACGACGGAUAUUUCAACAUGCCGUACACUGUUCACAGUACUGGGGUGCAGUCGACUUCGAACAAUCUGUAGAUACAAUGUAUCUAUGGAGUCUUAAUAGCAUAGGCAACCUCUACCUAGAGCAGGGCAGGCUUGCUGAGGCGGAGCAUAUAUACAAGUGGGCGCUAGAGGGCAGGGACGUGGCUCUUGGGCCAGAGCACCCGUCGACACUUGAGGUAGUUAAUAACCUAGGUAUCAUCUACUCGCAGCAAGGCAGGCUCGACGAUGCAGAGCAGAUGUGUAAGCGGGCACUGAUGGGUACGGAGGCGGCUCUUGGGCCAGACGACCUAGCGACGCUUAAUGUAGUUAAUAACCUAGGAAACAUCUACUCGAAGCAGAGCAAGCUCGCCGAGGCGGAGCAUAUGUAUAAGCGGGCGCUAGAGGGCAGGGACGUGGCUCUUGGGCCAGAGCACCCGUCGACGCUUGAGGUAGUUAAUAACCUGGGUGCUGUCUACUCGCAGCAAGGGAGGUUCGCCGAAGCAGAGCAGAUGUAUAAGCGGGCGCUAGGGAGUAACUCAAAGGAGACGGCUCUUAGGCCAGAGCACCUGUCGACGCUUGAGGUAGUUAAUAACCUAGGCAACCUCUACUUGGAGCAGGGCAGGCUUGCAGAGGCAGAGCAUUUGUUUCAGCUGUCGCUAGAGGGCAUAGAGGCAGCUCUUGGGCCAAAGCACCCGUCGACACUUCAAACGGUUAAUAACCUAGGCAUCCUCUACCAGAAGCAGAGUAGGUUCGCGGAGGCGGAGCCUAUGUAUAAACGAGCGUUAGAGGGUAGGCAAGCGGCUCUUAGGCCAGGGCACCCGUCGACGAUUAACACAGCUCAUAACCUAAGCAUCCUCUACUUGCAGCAGGGCAGGCUUGCGGAGGCGGGGCAGAUGUACAAUCAGGCAGGCCCGGGAAGUAUAACAUAG